AUGAUCUGCGCCUCGACAUCGUACGCCUUCAACCUGUUCAGCGGCAGCCUUCGCGACAAGUACAACUUCGACUCCCGCCAGAUGUCCACCAUCAACACGGUGGGCAUGGUGUUCGCCUACUUUCUGCUGCCGUACGGCACGAUAUACGACUACCUCGGCCCGCUGCCGGUGUACAUCCUUGCGUGCGUGCUGGCGUCGCUGGGGCUGCUGCUGAUGGGCCUCACGUUCCACGACGUGAUUGGCGGCUCUGUCGUGCGUCGUUGCGCUGGUCUCCUCAUCUACAGUCGCAAGCGAAGCCCCCCUUCACCACCUCUGCCGCUGUCCUUCUCUCGUUGA